ACGCGUUCACUCGUGCGCACGUACGCAAGUAGCGGGCCAAAGCUAGCGCCUUGCGGCACUCCGACUAGUUUUGUUUACGCCAUGCAUCAAAGUGUGUGUUAGUGAUACAGUCAUUUGUGUGGCCUUUAAGUUUUAUUGUGCUAACAUUUUGUGAUUCUAGUGGAUUCUGUGCAAUUAUUAGUAAACAGAAAAAUGUUUCCUAGAAUUCAAGGAUUGUUCCAUUCGGUGACGGACAAGCGGUCUCAGAACAACGAAUUCGGAGAAAAUAGUGUAACCAUAGUUACCGAAAAGAAGAUAGAAGAUGACGCAUCAUCCAGCGGAGAGAAUGUUGAAAUUGAAGAUAAACCUCUGCCGAUAGUCGAUCCUACGUUAGACUCGUCAGAAGAAGGUCACGCAGCGCAAUGCGCCUGCCCCAACUGCGAUGAAGUUCUCUCCAGAUUCUCAGAAUGCAGCAUAUGUCUAGAACCCUUACAGGGGUGCGGUCCAUGCGUAUGCCCAUGGUGCGGUGGUGUGUGGUGCGCGCGUUGUUCGCGGCGCAUGUCGCGCUGCGCCUGGUGCCGCGGCAGCCUGCGCGCACCCGCCGCGCCCUGCCUCGCGCUGCAGCGACUCAUCAAUGACCUCAUGCUGCCUUGCCGGAAUUACAGGCGCGGGUGCACAGAACUCUUAACAACUAGCACAAGGGCAAAGCACGAAGAGGAAUGCAAAUAUGACUCAAUGAUCUGCCCCGUCACAGCGACUUGCUCCUCCAUAGCAUUCGAGGAGUUAUCAGAGCAUCUGCAGUCACAACACAACAUCAUCGCCGUCUAUUCCCAGAAGAUCAAGAUCCUAAUCGAGAACUUCCAGACGAAAUUAAAGAAGACCGCAUGCUGUAGGACGAAGUAUAAAAUUAUCUUACUCUACCAGAAGAGUGCAUUCAUUAUUAAAGUCUGCAUCUACAACUUCCAUGUCAAAGUUGAAGUGAUGCGACGUAAACUAGGCUACAUCGCUGAUGUCAAAUCGGAAUCCAAAAAGAGCGAAUAUUGCGCUGUUAUAGAAUUCCAAAGUAAAGCAUUAUGCACAAAAUCAGCUAUAUUAAUAGAAAACGAAGCUUACAGCAAGAAAGCUGAAGUCCAAUGGAAUGAUAUUAUAAUGAAAUCAGAUACAGACGAGGCUAUCACAAUCCAUGUGAACAUAGGAAAAUCUAAUGCUGAAACAUUCAAGAAAAUAAAUCAGACAACUUGAUAAGUCGACGUAUCAAUGAACUGAACAAUAUUUAAAAUAUUUUACAAGUGUUAAAUGUAUUCCAAAAUAUUCCAAAAGUGAUUUUAAAAGUGUUGACGUGGUCCAAAAAAAAAUAAAGUUAUUCUUAAAGUAAGGUUUAAUAAUUAAACCUACAAAUAAGAUGCAUAUAGUUGUAAGAAUGACGUGAACUGAUGUAGCUAAAUGUGACUGAUAUAGUUUUAAAUGUAGUUAUAAUAUA